CCAGGUUUUAGAUUAGUGUCCGUAAUAGUGUUAAUGUGCGUUAUUUGACGGCUAUCACCCAUUCCGGGGGUAAUCGAAGUGAUCUGUCGCGGAAGCAUGGGUUGGGAAUUCGCGCGGGAAAAGUAGUAACGGUCCAAUUAAUUUCAAAUUGAGAAUUCUUACUGUGCGCGUUAUCCAAGGAUAUAAUUUAUCAUUGUUGUAUUCGUGAGAUGUGCAGUGUGUGAAGUGAAAGUGAUUAUACUUUCUAAACCGGAAAUAAUUUUUGGGGUGUUUUGCGGAUGUGCUGAGGUUCCCUAGAGUUGCUUCCCUGGAUUGAUGGUGGAUAUUAAUAUGUAUUCACCAGCAAUUCCUGACUGGUUGCGGUUUUUAACUUCUCCAGUGAUUCUCGCAAGCAACAAGACUACGUUCGUUUAUGCAUGGUGAUCGCGGUGAUAGGUGGUUUUCGUGCAAAAAAGCUGGCAGUGAUGGCAUCGAGAAAUAUUGUUUGCGAAUGGCUGCGAGCCAUUGGCAUGUCUCAGUAUGCCGAUAGCUUUAUGGAAAAUGGAUACGAUGAAUUGGAAAUUUGUAAACAAAUCGGUGAAAUUGACUUGGACGCGAUUGGUGUUGAGAAUGCUCAGCAUCGUCAUAAAUUGUUGAAAAGUGUUCGUCAAUUGCGUGAAAAAGGUGCUGCUUCCGUGUAUGUUAUGAUAAAUGAUCCAAAGGCGAUGAGCAGCAGUAAUGAAAUUUUGACUGGAUGUGAUAGUUCACCUGAGAAACUUGAGACUGUGAUGAAAAAGCAUUUGGAAGCGGAUGGAAUACGUUUGACAGCUCAUCCAUAUUCAACACCGGAAGGUAAACGAGGUUAUCUGGAAGGUUUAGCUGCGCACUAUGCAAAGACUACUUCAACACCAUACGAAGAUGUAUUGAAUGCGAUAGAGAAAGUUCGACUUUCUAAGUGGACGGAAAGACAUGUUAGAAUAGCUGCUGGUCUGACUACGGGAAGACCUCAUCAUCGUGGAUCGGCCAAUCAGUCGGGGCUUCCAAAUAGCCAAAGUCAACCAAUCUAUGUACCAGGAAAAUAUUUGCCAUCGAGCUGCUUAUCUAAUCGUGAAGAAAACGAGAUCUACAGUUUUACACAAAAUGACUUGGCAGCUAGGAUGGCUCGCAGUGCUAUAGAUACGAAAUCGGCUGUGAAUUUGAGUGGGAUGCAAAACAGUUACCCAACGACAAGAUCAAAUUUUUUUUACGACUUUGCAACGACAGAAGGACGUAAAUCAAAAAGACGGACAAUGUUUACACGUUUUCUGAAUGGCUUACGGCAUAGUGGCGAUGACCUUAAUCAGACAGAAGGAAUGCAAUUAAAAACUAACGACCGAUUAACGAAAUGUGCCACUACCAAAAAAGAGCCACAUCAGAACUUCGAAGAAACAAUACACCGUUUGAAAACCCAGAAAGCAGCACGUAAAAAGGAUAAAGGCGCCCAUGAUCGUAAAGAGGUACUGUACACCGUAUGACAGUGUGAUUAAAAAGAUAAUAGCAAACUUAAGCGAAGAGUCCUGUUUUGCCCUAGUUAAUACACAUUAGCAUGGAUCCUAGAUACUCAUAUUCGCCGACAUAAAUACACUACACGAUUUCAUAUUGUUAAAUACGAGUCACUACAGCAAAGUUAACUUUACAGUAUCCUCGUAGUGGAGGAAGAAAGGAAUAAUUUCUUAUUUGCUUGGGUUUACCGAAUACAGUGAUGGCGGUAGAGCUUUUUACAGUGAUUAUAUAUUUGGGUACUUUUUUGCAUUAAAUUAUGUCACCAAGGAAGCAUAAGAUAUCACGAGAGGAAAGUGUUACGAAAUUUGAUUUGAAGGUUCAUCUUGGAUGGUUAUACGUCUGGAGACAAGUUAAAUUAUUAGUUCGUUUUGGAG